AUGAGUUGGGAGGGGGCGGCGAAGUGGGUUGUUGGGAUCAACGGUAAAAGGAUGAUGUUCGUUCAUGCAAGACUUAUGAAAUUUGAUAGAGUUCUUCUCAUCGGCCAGGAAAAAUACGACACGAAAAAGAGAAAUGAGUUGGGACGGGGGCGGCGAAGUGGGUUGUUGGGAUCAACGGUAAAAAGGAUGAUGUUCGUUCAAGCAAGACUUAUGAAAUUUGAUAGAGUUCUUCUCAUCGACCGAAAUGAGUUGGGAUGGGGGCGGCGAAGUGGGUUGUUGGGAUCAACGGUAAAAAGGAUGAUGUUCGUUCAAGCAAGACUUAUGAAAUUUGAUAGAGUUCUUCUCAUCGACCGGUAUCGUCUGACGUCACGAAAAAGAGUUGGGAGGGGGCAACAAAGUGGGUUGUUGGGAUCAACGGUAAAAAGGAUGAUUUUCGUUCAUGCAAGGCUUAUGAAGUUUGAUAGAGUUUUUCUCAUUGACCGAAAUGAGUUGGGAGGGGAACGACGAAGUGGAUUGUUGCGAUCAAUGGUAAAAAGGAUGAUGUUCGUUUAUGCAAGACUUAUGAAAUUUGAUAGAGUUCUUCUCAUUGACCGAAAUGAGUUGGGAGGGGAACGACGAAGUGGAUUGUUGCGAUCAAUGGUAAAAAGGAUGAUGUUCGUUUAUGCAAGACUUAUGAAAUUUGAUAGAGUUCUUCUCAUCGACCGGUAUAGUUUGACAUCACAAAAAAUACGACACGACAUGAAAAAGAGAUAUAAUCGCACUUUCCAGGUGUUGCGUGAUCAAUGGUUAUAUGGAUUCGACAGCACACCUGACCAACUUGUGAUGCGUGAACGAUCUUGA